AUGUCCCGUCCUCACACCUCAAAUAGCAGAGGACGGCAAGUGGCCCAAUCUGGGUCUCGCCCUCUCAGAACUAAGGACUUCUCCGAUGAGACUUACCAGGAUCCCUCUUCACGUAGGAAGAGAGGGCCAAAUGGUCGUUCAAAGUAUGCCUCGAGUGUACAACAGAACAAGCGAAGACGUCAGGCUUCUCCUCAGUCCUCCGUCUCGGACUCGUCUGAGGACUUCGAUGCCGAAGACGGCUCAGAUGAACUGUCAGACUCAGACGAUGUCGAUGAGGAAGACGACCUGCCAGCCGUGUUUGCCCCGGUACACGAUGAGCUUCACUCUUCUGUGCCGGGGCAUGUGCGUAUCUCUUCGUCUGGGCCAAUGCCUGACUCGGAGACUGGCUACGACAUUGGCUCUAUGUUUCCAACCGCGCGACCCGCGGCAAUCCACGACGACUUGAUGAUGUCUGCCGAAGACGCGGCAGCUUUCGAAAGGGAGUAUGUUGCGCCGAGCUCCGAUGAUGACGCUCUUUACGAAGGUGUCAAUUAUGUCAGUGACUCUGACGAUGACAAUAUUGAUCGUUUGGAAGAGCAGCAGAUUAUUGGCGAAUUUGAAGAGCAGCAGAUUAUUGCUGAUUUUGAAGAAGACGAGCUCUAUGGCGCUGACAUGCUCAACGAUAUUGAUGGGUUCUCUUCGUAUGGGUUUGGCGGUUCUUACGAUAGUGAUGAGGGCACCGUUCCCAAUGCUCUUUCCUCACAGGACGAAGCCGAGACCCCUGAGAAGCUCCCACGUCGCACUGUCCGAUUCCAGGUUGAUCACACUGCUCUACUUGGUCAGGACCUAUCACAAUCUCCUACGUUUCAGCGGUCCCUUCUUCCUAGCCCGAUGGUGGAUGGCGGUGAGUUUCCUGAGGGAGCAGGUGGCAUUCAGUCCGAUCUGGCUGAGGCUGAGCCAGAGGAGCCAGAGGACUAUGACUCUGAUGCUACUGAAGUAUGGCUCCCGCCCCUAGAGCAGCAAAUGAGAGCGGGUCAGCCCGAAGAUGACGCCGACAACGUGGCUGACAAUGAUGCUACCACUCAAGCAACAGAUGGCGAGAGUGCGUCUCGGAAUACUUCCAAAGCCAACAGUGGUCCGCCAUUUGGCUAUUUCAUCGACGACGGAAGCAAGCCGUCAGCCACGCUUGACCGCACCGGGAAGCAUCUUGUGAUCACCGAUCCUCAUCUCUUAGGUGACGAAUUUGUGCGUCGUUACCAAGAUUCUGCCAUGAACAGUCCGAGCGCUGCAUUUGAAGAGCUGAUGGACGAAAGCGAUUUCGAUGGUAGCGACGUCUCAGCACUCGAGGCUCAGGGCCCCUUUGACGAUGUUGAUCUUGAUGACUACGAGGACAUGAUACACAUUGAAGAUGUAAUCAGUUUCGAAGAUGACUCCGAUGACGAGGAGAGCGAUGCUACCCCCAUCCCUGCUACCCCGGUCUUCAAACAUCCAACUACUCCUGCCUCGGCUCGACAGCAUCGCCACCUGCAGUCUCUGGACAGCAAUACCGUCACAGCGUUCCGCAGAAGUGCGAACCCACAGUCCGCUGCUCUCAGAACCACACCAUCAUUUGCGGAACUCAGCUCGCCAAUUGCUUCGACUGCUCCUAUCGGACGCAAAAGAAAGAACACCUACGAGUCGCCGUACGCCUCACCACAUUACAAUGGUGUCACACCAGUUCAGCGCAUUAGUGCGUACGAUCACGCUCAAAACGUCCUUAACUCUCAAGCUAUCCUCAUCCCCGAACCAGACUCUGGCGGCCCUAGCAAGCGUCCACGAUUGAUGAGUGCAUGA